CUUUGCACACGCCCCGAGAAAGAGAGAGAGCCAAAGUCCCUCUCUCUUGGAAGGAGAGAGGCUUGCCCUUCGUGUCCCAGAAGGAGACGGGAAACACCAUCUUGGAGUUCCAGGAAAAACGUUCGUCUCCAUAGCUCCAAUGGAGGACUUGUUGGGUGAUUGGGCCGGCCGGCCUUUCCAUGUGGUGACCCCUGUCUUGGAAAGCAUAGCCUUGUCCCGAGCAGCCGGCACCAAGGUCUACAUGAAGAUGGAGAAUGUCCAGCCCACCAGCUCAUUCAAGAUCCGAGGCAUUGGCUACUUUUGCCAGGAGGUUGCCAAGAAAGGUUGCCAACACUUUGUUUGUUCAUCUGGAGGCAACGCUGGUCUUGCUGCAGCAUAUGCAGCCAGGAAACUUGGUGUCCCCAUCACAGUUGUUGUCCCCAAGAGCACCGGAGAGGUGACGGUGAAGCGACUUGAGGAGCAAGGGGCCAAGGUGGAGGUCUUUGGGCAGGCAUGGGAUGAAGCUAACCACAGGGCCAUGGAGAUCUCCAAGCAAGAUGGCUGGGUCAGCAUCCACCCUUUCGACCAUCCGUUAGUAUGGAAGGGUCAUAACACAAUCAUCAAGGAGUUGAAGGACUCCUUGGAUGCCAAACCUGGGGCCGUAGUGCUGUCUGUGGGAGGCGGAGGCUUGUUGGCUGGAGUGGUAUCGGGUCUUCAGGAGGUCGGUUGGCAAGACGUGCCCAUCAUUGCAGUGGAGACCAGAGGAGCCGACAGUUUCAAUGCCGCCGUCAAUGCAGGGAGACUGGUCACUCUACCUGCUAUAACCAGCGUGGCAAAAUGCCUUGGGGCCAAGACGGUGGCCCAGCGGGCUUUGGAUUGUACCAAAGAGUGCCAGAUCAUCUCCCAUGUGCUGGAGGAUGUGGAAGCAGUGAAAGCAAUAGAGCAGUUCCUGGAUGACGAACGGACGCUUGUGGAGGCAGCCUGUGGGGCCUCUUUGGCCUUCAUCUACUCUGGCUGCCUCCAGAGGAUACAGGAAGAGGGACGGCUGAGCCAGCAACUGGAUUCGGUGGUCCUCAUCGUGUGUGGUGGUAACUCCAUCCGAAUGGAGGAGCUCCAGGCCAUGAAGAACCAACUGGGCAUGAAAUAAUGGGAGGGGGAUCUUCUUGAAUUCGGCUCCCUCUUGAGGCAGGUUUCAUAGAAUUGUAGAAUCCUAGAGUUGGAAGAGAUCAUGAGGGCCAUCUAGUCCAACCCUUCUGCUAGGCAGGAAAAAUGUGACUUCUUUGCCCCAAAUUAGGCCAUAUGCCUAGAGUCUGGAGGGUCUUGGCAGCCAAUUUUGGGUCUUCCAGAGCAGCUGAAGGAAAUAAUUGGGUGGUGCCGGAGGCUGGAGGUCCAUGCAGUCCCAUGGCCCGCAGUGGGCCUGAUUUGGCACAUGGGCUAUGCAAUCCCCAUUGUGUUCUUUCACACCAACCUGGAUGCCAUCAGAUGGAGGCAUUUGGUGCCAGGAAGAAGGCCUCCUUCCCCACUAGUUGAAAUUCCCAAAUGAUUUUUGAUUCGUCCACUCAGCUGGCAUCUCAAAUGGUGUGUGGUAUCAGCCUAGUGCCAAUACCUGAAUUAUUUUUAACAUCAUAUCUUUGCAAAGUCUCCAAUGAUAGCAUUGCAGUUCCACUUUAACUGCCACCACUCCAUCCCAUGGACUCUGUAGUUCAUGGAGGUCCUAGAAACCAAGAAAUCUAAAUGCACCUCCUUAAACUACAAUUCCCAGAUACAAUAGAAAGCCGACAAGGCAGUUAAGGUGGAAUCAUAGGGCUACAGUUUUGUGCAAUUCAGCCCUCCACAUUCCCCAGGGUGGAAAAAGCGUGAAUUUAAAAAUACUGUUUAUAACAACUUUAUAAGAAUCUCUCGGUCCUCCACCACCACAUGCUGAUCACGGAAUUGCACUGGAGGAUCUUGAGAUGUUGAGAACAUUUUCAUCAAAUCUGUGAAUAUUUACAUCCACGAAAGUCAAACCAACAAAUCUGGAGGGUUGACUGUAUGGUGAAAGUGUGCCAAACCUUGGCUGGGAAUGAGACAGGAAUAUGGCUGUAAACCAAGCACCGAUGUGCUGGAGUGAAUUUCAGUGAAUUUCAGCUAGUCAUCCUUGAAUCCCGUGGACAGCGCACCACCUCCGCACUAUAUGUUCCCCUCACCUGUUUGUAAGGCUGCCGAUUGUCUGGUGUGUGAGGAGCUGUGUUUACAGAGCGCUGUUACCAAGUAGCUUCAUUGCCUAAAGCACACCAGGGGCAAAGCUCACCGGUUGAAAGCAUCAGUCUUCAUUGUUUGUGCUCCGACACAAUGCUUCACAGGGAGUUGGAGGGAAAGUACACAAAUCUGUAUUAGGUUUUCCGGGUUGGAAUUAAACACUGCAUUAAUCCUC